UGAAAUAGAAGUAGAUAGUGAAUGUACGGACGCACCCGCCGAUGUCACUCAUUGGCUCCACUCUGCCUUCCACCGAUCUGUCAGACCGUUGCAGACGCGCUGCCUCCCCCUCGCCAAGCUCUCAUGUUGCCGAUUCUGACUGGAAAUAGAAAAAAAUAUAUAUACACACACCGCUGAACAUAUAACUCAAAAGUUAUCGCAGCCGGUCACGGAGGGGCAUGAGAGCCUUGUGCGAGGCCAGUGCCGUUGCUUGCCGGACCCAGUGCUGGUGACGGGGACAUGGGCCUCUUCCUCAGGGCUUCCAGUACGACCCAGCUCAACACAAGCCAGAGCCUCAGCCACCAGCUGGUCCAGCACCAUCCAGACACCCACGGCAGCAGCAGCAGCACCUCGAGUGACCCUGCCUCAGAGGGCUUCACCCUUCUCUCCGGCGCCACCACCCCACGGCAGGCCCAGCACCCAGCACCGCAGCCGGAGACUAGUGCCACUAUGAGAGGUCUGGAGACUGAGGAGAGCCACAACGCCAGUGCCACACCGACACCAGCGGGGGGAGAAGAGCCAAGCCCGACCAAGACAGAUUGCAGGGAGCAGGCAGAGACCCAGCCACAGGCCCAACCUCAGACCCAGCUCCAACCACAGAGGUCAGAUGAGAGCUGUUGUCAAGAGAAGAAGGAAACUCAGCAGCAGACAUCGGAACAGACAGGAAAAAGACCCAAGUCUAACUCAAAGUUAAAGUUAGUUCGAAGCCUGGCUGUUUGCGAAGAGUCCUCUCCUCCUCCUAUUGCCACUGAUCUGCCUCGAGAACAUCAGGAGAAAAUUGAGAUCCAGCUCACCCAGUCGUUUGACAAAGAGGAGGAUGCGUCAUCGCCCAUCAAGAAUGAAGUGGACCAAGAUAAAGGAGUGGAGAAGCUGCUGGAGAAGACUGAAAGGAUGCCCAGGAAGAUGCUGUCCAGAGAUUCCAGUCAAGAAUACACCGACUCUACCGGGAUCGAUGUCCAUGAGUUCUUAGUAAACACGCUGAAAAACAACCCCAGGGACAGAAUGAUGCUUCUGAAGUUGGAACAGGACAUUCUUGACUUUAUCAGUAAUAACGAAAGCCAGAAGAGAAAGUUCCCUCCGAUGACCUCCUACCACAGAAUGCUGCUGCACCGCGUUGCAGCCUACUUCGGCCUAGACCACAACGUCGACCAAACCGGGAAAUCUGUAAUCAUCAACAAAACUAGCAAUACGAGAAUACCUGAUCAGAAGUUUUCAGAACACAUCAAAGAUGACAAAACUGACGACUUCCAAAAGCGGUACAUUCUCAAAAGGGACAACUCCGGCUCAGACAAAGAUGCCAAUAUGAUGCGGAUGAGACUGAAGGAAGACAGGAGGAGUAAGUCUAUAGAGGAACGAGAAGAGGAGUACCAGAGGGCCAGAGACAGGAUAUUCGCUCAAGAAGGUCCAGAUGGCUUUCCUCUUGAAAAAAGAAUACAGGAGGAUGAUGCCUGUAACAGCACACAGCAAAGACGGCAAAUAUUUAGGUUAAAAGAUGUCCGCUCGGCCAACAGUUGCCAGAGCAGCUCUGAGAACGAGCCCAAGAACUCUGAACCCCGGCCGUGGAGCAGCACUGACUCGGACAGCUCAAACCGUAACCUGAGGCCAGCCAUGACCAAAGCAAGCAGCUUCAGCGGCAUCUCUGUCCUCAUCAGGGGAGACAGCUCAGGCAGCAGCAAAAGCAUGGGUCGCCUCUCUAAGACUGGUUCUGAGUCUUCGAGUAGUGUAGGGUCCUCCACGGGUUCGCUCUCUCGCUCCCAGCCAACCCACCCUGUCCCGGCUCUAACCAAGGCUGGCUACCCCCACAACCACUCUGCGCUUCCCUGCCCAGCGGCCUACCCAGCUGUCUGCGCUAGUAGUACUGUGGUCUAUGAGGCGGGAGGCAGGAGCGCGGCACCGCCAGGGAACACCGCUAACACUAGCUACUAUUUGCUUCCUCUGGAAGCCACAGGGAUACCGCCAGGGAGUGUCCUGGUCAACCCACACACAGGACAGCCGUUUGUGAACCCGGAUGGAAGUGCUGUGGUGUACAACCCCAACCACGGCAUGGCUCCUCAACAUCAUAAUCAGCAGGGCAGGACCCAGCAGCCCAUGCCCACUCCUCCGCACUUGCCUGGCCAGCACCAGCCCACCAAUCACAACCACGUCCUCGCACAGCAAGAGAACCUGGGAGCCCAGUUCAGCCACAUGAGUCUGUCCCGGCAGGCCUCUGGGGAGGGCCCCUCCUCCGUGGUGCUCCAGGCCCCCCCGCAGCAGCAGGGCUUCAUGGUGCCCCCCAGGCCAGCCUGUCCCUGCCCCCCAGGCCUACAACACCCCCGCCCCUCCGCCUGUCAACCAGCCACUCAUGCAGCAACAAGGUUACUGCAGCAGAUGCCAGCGUGUUACUGUGGGCCGGGCCAGUACCCCCUGUCUAACCAGGGGUACAGGCCUGUGGGCACAGUGCAGUAUAGUGCCCUGCAGAGCCAGCCAAUGCCCCCGCCCACACAACAGACAGGUUACCAAACUGUGAUGCUCAAUCAUCCACAGAGCUAUCAGAGUAUGAUAGUAGUGCCACAGAGUCAAAACCCAGUCAGUGGCCAGCAGAACCCGGUCAGUGGCCAGCAUAGCAAUAUGGGACAUCAGAUGCAAGGCAUGAUGGUCCAGUAUCCCUCUAUGUCAUCUUAUCAGGUAUCCAUGCAGCCCCAAGGCUCCCAGGUUGUACCACAGCAAACGUAUCAGCAGCCUAUCGUCAUCCACAACCAGUCCCACCAGAGGCCCAUGCCUGGCUCUGGUGUCCAGGUUUACUACAGUGUCAUCACACCCAAUCAACAGAGCUCCUCUGUAGAGUUCUUGCCUCCUUCCGGAUCAGAGCAGAUGCUGUUCCCUCGGCCGUCCUCCCCCUGCAGCUCCCAGCAGCCACUCCAUCAGACACAUCAGUGCUCAGGUGGUGGAAUGGUGAUGAUGCAGCUGAUGUUGUCCCCUGGCCAGCAGCCGAGGCCUCACACGCCCUCGCAGUGGAAACACAGCAAGUACUACAGUCUGGAUCACACCAGAGGUCAGAAGUCCACAGAGCUCUCAGUCAUAGACACCUCACAGAGCAGUCCCCAGCUGGGCAGUCCCUCUACCUCCCCCGCCCAGUCGCCAACCCCCUCCCACCUGACCAAUGUGAAGAGCAUCCGUCCUGGCCUCACCCCCGUACCCAUGAUGCCACAGUUCUCCAGACCCUUCGUGCCAGGGCAAGGAGAUGCUCGGUACCCAUUGCUAGGGCAACCCCUCCAGUACAACCCCCAGAGCCGUCCUCCUCUCCUCCACUUUCCCCCCAUGGCCCCCAACCAUCAGGUACCUAUGGGGAUACGGCACAGCGGUGGAGGAGGCAGAGGGAGGAAGCAGCCGAGGAAAGCUCUGUCUACAGAUCUCAGUGUAGGUCAACCAGUGAGUGGGCGGGUCCUGGAGGUGACUGAGCUGCCGGUCGGGAUCAGCCGGACCGAGGCGGACUCUCUGCUAGGUGAGCUCUCCAGAGUCAGGGCUGUGGUCUGAUGGCUCCGAGAGCACCACUACCAUCACAGCCGCGUUGUCUGGCAGUCAAUGGCUAACGGUGACCACCACCACGCCAAACCCCCACGGUCAAACCCCUGUCAACCCAGCCUCCACCUAAUCCCUCCUGGUCACGUUCCCCUCCAGGUACGCUGUGCAGGAUGCCCUCCUGAUCCACAACGACCCCUGAUCCUCCAUCAGACUUACCACGAGCAGGUGCCAUGGCCGAGGUUACGGCCACAGACACUCCCGAGAGGGCCAGCUCCCAGUAGAGGGCGUUAAGGACCCCUGGCUCGCCUUUUAAACCCUGACCCCUCACCAGCACCGCCAGUCACUUCCUGUUGCCAUCACUCCCCCCAGCCCCUCCUUUCCCCCUCCCUCUUCACUCACUACGUUGGCUUGAUGUAAAGGGUUGUUUUUCCACUUGAUUUGUAGAGACUUGGUUGGGGGGAAAUGUGUUGUACUUCGUAAUGUUCUUACUAGCGGUUUGACGAAAAAGAACAAAAUGUAACUGAACUGACGUGAACGAAUAUCCAAAAACCACGAUUAUUGAAGUUCCAAAUAUUAAUAACCUGUCUGCUCUCUGUUUUGAGAACAGGCCGGAACACAUCAAAAGCCUGUAUUUUUGUUUUAUUUUAUUUGUUCAUUUGUUUUAUAGUUGUUGAAAUCCUGAGUCAGGCCCAAAGCUCAGCUCUCUCAUUAUUACUCACCUAGCCCAGUUGCAGUGUCUGGCCUGGUUCAGUUUAACUCAACCAAAGCUUCCCACAUCCCCAGGGUAGCUGACUAUCGGCCAGCCUGCCACCAGCCACUUGCCCCAUAUUGUGGCCGGUACAUGAUGAAGUUGCCCUCGGCUACACAAUGGGUCUCUAGUUGUGCCUUUCUCUCCAAAGUCUACUGCUUUAUUCUCCAAGAAAGAAAUGCAAAAUGAAGUCACCCCCGUCAGAGUCUAUUGUUAAAUGAAAAGACCUGCACCUUGUAAAUAAUUUAUAUAGUAGCUAAAUAAUUCAAUCAGUUCUCUAUUACACAGUGAACGUUCUGUAUGUGUGUUGUUCACAGGCAGGCACAGAUGAGAGCAACGGGGGAAAAAAGGCUUGUUUGAAACCCCUGGUUUUUAACUUCAUUUAAAAUGACACUCCUCCACCGCAACGGCAUAUUUUAGCAAUCAUCUGCUUGGAUGGCCUCCUCUCUCUCCCUCUCUCUCUCUCUCUCUCUCUCUCUCUCGCCUACAGUGUCAAGUCUUUUUAAAUAAUAUACUUACUGGGUCACUGGAAGAAACAACAGUUUGCACAUUUAUAAAAAUGAUCUAUUUUUCCUUUAAUUUCUCUCAAAGAUAAAAAACAUGUGUGGAUUCUGAAAGGCUGUUAAAUGCUGGUGCAAGUCAUUUUUAUUUCAUUUUGAAACCAAUAAAUGUUUACACCAAAA